CGUGUUACUUGUAUGCACACAAAGUCGCGCUCGUUACACGCAAUUCCAAUAAAGCGCGAGCAAUUAUUUCGUACAGACUUUCCAGCGAUUUCGUAAACCGUUUUCUUAGAAAAUAUUUCAAAAUCAAAAAGUCACGUAUAAAUAAAUCCCGAAGUGUCGGGUCGGGAGAAUAAACCGUCGUGGUCGCGAGAGUAUCGUGGCCGGGCCACGUUGAAAAGAAGAAAAGAUGUGAGAGGUGGGCGUGAGGACAUUUAACGAAAUGAAAAGUCGGCCCCGGUACGCGGCGACUUUGAUCUCACUAAUGUCUGUUUUCAUCGGGGAUCGCAGCACACUCGAUGUUCGAGACCGGAUUUAUGCUGUGAAACGGAGACGGAAAGUAAGGAAGAUCGUGUGUUUGGGGCAGGCCAAGGUAGGGUGAACCAGUUGGGAGGGGUUUUCAUAAACGGACGUCCCCUUCCAAACCACAUCCGCCUAAGGAUUGUGGAGAUGGCGGCCUCUGGUAUCCGACCUUGCGUAAUCUCGCGACAGCUUAGGGUGUCCCAUGGAUGCGUGUCCAAAAUCCUCAACCGUUAUCAGGAAACGGGAAGCAUCAGGCCUGGAGUAAUCGGCGGCUCCAAGCCUAGAGUCGCUACUGCAGAAGUCGAAACCAGAAUAGAGCAAUUGAAAAAGGAACAACCAGGAAUAUUCUCCUGGGAAAUCAGGGACAAACUGAUCAAGGAAGGCAUCUGUGAUAAAAAUUCUGCCCCAUCUGUUAGUUCCAUUAGUAGACUAUUGCGUGGAGGGAGAAAAGAAGAUGCUGAGAGGAAAAAUCACUCUAUUGACGGCAUUCUUGGACCCACGUCUUCCUGCGAUGAAAGCGAUACCGAAUCGGAGCCAGGAAUCCCACUUAAACGUAAACAAAGACGAUCGAGGACCACCUUCACCGGCGAACAACUAGAAGCACUCGAACGGGCGUUCGGCAGGACCCAAUACCCCGACGUAUACACGCGCGAAGAACUAGCUCAGAAAACCAAACUUACCGAAGCCAGAGUGCAGGUGUGGUUCUCCAACCGUCGGGCUAGGCUCAGAAAGCAGCUCAAUUCGCAACAGCUAAACGCUUUCAACACGAUGUCGCUUCAAAGCGCUUUCCCGGCAGCGGUCCAACAUCAAUACGAAGCGGCAGGAGCAUUCAAUCAGACUCCGUGGAGUACUCAACAAAGUUACUCGGCUCUGAGUUCUUCGCUGGCAUCCAGCGCGCCUCUCACAUCGAGCACUUCCGCGUUGCCUCAUUCUUUAUCCGCUGCGAGUUCGAAUAUCGGUACCGUCAGUGCCAGUAUCAGUACUAGUCCCCCAGCAGCGCAGAACGCCGCGUCUCUAUACGGUGCGUACAACUCUAGUUCCCCGUUGGAGAGUAACGGGGUUAAUCAGUUCGGGUACAAUAUGGCCCAAGUUUCACCGAGUCAGCAUUCGGUAUCUCCGCAGCAGACUGCAGUGUGGGCUAGACACGCGGCUGCCACUCAGAACAACAAGAUGGCGGAAAAUUUGAGCAGCUGGCAUGAGAACUACAGUUUAUUCGCCAGUGGUACGGCGUACGGGGCUCAUUCACCCACCGAAGCCAAAUCUGGUUACCCUUAUUUUGGUGCAAUGGAAAUGUGUUCGAGCCGAGUACAUUAGACGUUAAAAUCCGACUGAAGCAAGUUCGGAUUUUUUUCUGUAAUUUGUAAUAUAAUAAAAUAUAUUCGAUGGUCGUAUUAACCAACUGUAAAAAUCGAGUUUUUACUAAAAAUAAUUUUACGAUACGUUAGCUUUAAAUUAAUUAAAUAUGUACAUACUAUGCCCAUUUAAUUUAUGCUCUAUUUAUGCGAGAUUAGUGUGUAAAUUUGUUAGGCAUUGUUCACAGCUGUGACAUUUCGCCCAACGUUUCCUACAUAGUGUAACGGAUCGUUCCGCAAUAGGCCAACAAACGCAAUCUUUAACCAAAAUUUACUUGUAGUUUGGUAUUUACUUUGAAAGCUUUAGUAUAUUUUCUCAUAUUUUACUUAAACUUAUAUGCUUUAUGUUCCUUUAAAAUGUAUAAUAGACAAUCAACGAAUUGAUUUCAAAAGUAAAUGCUAUGUAGAUAUUUUGUUGUUAUUUAAUUUAUGUAACUAACUUUUUUUUACAGGUCCAUUUGAAUAUGUCCUAAAUAAUGCUGGG